AACGAACGUUGCUAAAUCGAACUUCAGAGAGAACGUAUCACAUGCCAAUUGAUGAUUCGGAUAAGCCAUUUCCAGCUCCCAUCCCAACCAUUCAUAACCUACCUCUCCGUCCAAGGAAUCAAUCGCAGAAGUUGAUCGAUUCAGACACUGGCCCUCAAGACUUGAACAAUAGCUUACCAACCGGCGACUCCAAACAGAAAACGAAUCUCAAACAUGUCAAGGGCCUCAUUUUGUUUCUUCCCAAUAAAAUUUUCAUGUGGAAGAAGCUGAAGGAAUUCGCUGUCCUAAGUUUCUCUCUGCACGAAUCGCAGUCUUCGAUGCACUCUUCGCCUUCGGGAUACAAAUCGUAUGAGAUCCACGUCCGGAUGAGCUGGUCGAUUACCUCGAUUGAAUACUUGCAGACGAACUCGAACAAACAGGUACCUAAACCCAAACAAACAGCACCCGUAAAAAGUGCCCCAGUUCCGGUUCUGCUGCAAGUGAAUCUCAUCAUCCCAGCACUCCUUCUGCGCAUCAUCCGGUUCAUCGAUACGGCCAUUCGAAGUUCGGUGUUUCCAACGAUUUGGUCAACAACAAAAGGUUUUGUGAACGCUAUCGUGUCGUUUAUUAUAGUAGCUGUCCUUUGGCUACUGAACGGACUUCGUGCUAAUUCUGCCUACAUGGAGUCGGGUCUGGGUGGUCAUUGAUGGAACGAUGGAAUCAUACGGAGUACCCAUACAACAAAUGCCAAUUUGCAUGGUAUAAUACAUGAAAAGAACAGAUGGGAAAACAAGUUUAUGCUACUUGACUGGUGCCCUUUUAUAUGGCCCUUGGAGCAGAUGAGAUGUUUUCGAUUAUUAUUGCUUGGGCUGAUUAAAGUCCAGGCAUCGUAUCAGAAAUAAUGAGGCCGAAGGUUUAUAAAAGAG